UUUGCCAGCUCUGCUUAAUAUCCCUAUAUUGUCAUCAGCGAGAGAUUUUUAACAAAUUUUAAUCGCAAAGAAAUAAAAUAAAAUCGUAGCUAAAAAAUUUAUACAUAAUUAUUCGGGUGAUACGCAACAUCAAAGACACAAAUAACGCACGUAAUUAAUAAUAAAACGCGAAAGUCGAGGAGAAAAAGUUUUAUAAGAUUAAGAUUUUCUUCUCUGAAUUGUAAGAAGAUAUAAAAGAAAGAAAAAAAAGAAGAAGAAAGAAAUAGAAAUCAAAUUAAUCGUUGAACAAGAAAAUAAUACACAAUGGCUAAGACAUACGAUUAUCUGUUUAAAUUGUUGCUAAUUGGUGACUCCGGUGUUGGAAAGACUUGCAUACUUUUUCGUUUCUCUGAAGAUGCAUUUAAUACAACAUUUAUAUCGACAAUAGGCAUAGACUUUAAAAUUAGAACUAUCGAAUUGGAUGGCAAAAAAAUAAAAUUACAAAUAUGGGACACUGCUGGCCAGGAGCGUUUCCGAACAAUUACCACCGCAUAUUACAGAGGCGCCAUGGGCAUUAUGUUAGUCUAUGAUAUAACUCAAGAGAAAUCCUUUGAGAAUAUUAAAAAUUGGAUACGUAACAUUGAAGAGAAUGCUUCUGCGGAUGUGGAGAAAAUGUUGCUGGGAAAUAAAUGUGAAUUAAAUGAAAAAAGACAGGUCUCGCGAGAACGAGGUGAACAAUUGGCUGUUGAGUACGGCAUAAAGUUCAUGGAAACCUCAGCCAAGGCCAGCAUAAAUGUCGAAGAGGCUUUCUUAACAUUAGCUAGUGAUAUCAAAGCAAAAAUGGAAAAACGAAUGGAAGCGAAUAAUCCUCCCAAAGGCGGUCAUCAAUUAAAACAAAACGACCAUAGAAAAGCAGAGAGUUGGUUGUCAAGGUGCAGUCUACUUUGACGAGGUAAAUACAACGAUGAAUGUAGUUUUCUAUCCUCUUGUUAGGUUUAACAAGAACUUAAACUCUUUUUUUUAUGUAAUAAUAAUAAAAAUAAUUAAAUAAUAAUAUUAAAAAUAUAAUUUAAAUAAUAAUGAAACGAAACGAUAAUAUAAUAUUAUAAGAAACAAAAAACAACCACACGUAACGAAAUAAACGGAUAUAAGCAACAAAAAGAAAAUAAUCAUAUUUAAUUAUAGAUGUUUAAACAAGAGUGUCGCAAUUUUACCGCUGAAUAGCUGAAUGAAAGAAAGCACGAAUUAAAUCUAAAACAAAAAAAAAAGAAAUCUUAAUGACAAAAUUCAGUUCAAUAAAAUAAAUUGAAAAGAAAUAAAACCUCACGACAAUGUGGUCAAUAUUAAAAUAAAUAAACUAUGCGCAUGUUUAUUAAAUAUUUAUAUAUGUAUAUUUGCAUAUAUAUAAAAAAUAAAAGAAAUGAACCAUUAUUAAUCAAAGAAAAAAAAAUACACAACAUUGCAAUUAAAAAAUAAAAAUAUUUAGAUCAAAUAUUAACAAUUGUACACAAGCAAAGAAAAAUCCAAUACAAUAAAUAAAAGAAUUCGGCUUCACUUAAGACAAGUACUCGUACAUUUUAGCAACAUUGAAAAGCUAACAAGGAUUUGAAAUUAAUGAAAUAACUUAGCAGCACUUUUUAUUUCAACUUCUCAGAAUACUCGUGGAAUAGAAAGGAAAACAAGAGGAAGAAAAAAUAUAAAUUUUUCAAUAAAUUUUGUAACGCCCCUUUUAUAGUCAAACCUCUUAACUUCUCUCAAUUCGACCAAGUCAAUGCUCAUUUACCAUCGGAUUUUUUAAAGUAUUUGGAAAUAAGGAAAAUAAUACAGGGUUAGGGCGAUUGUGGAAGUUGUCUUUUAAAAUUAUUAUAUUUUUGUAGAUCUAUAUUUUUGUUCAUUUAAAUUCUAAAAAAUCAGAACUCUUUGACUAAGGCGGCCCUUACACACAAGCGGAGCCUUGUGCUGUGUUAUUGCAGACUUCCACUAUUCCCUAAGAAAGUUCUGCAUGAAUAUGUUUCUGCGGUAUUUUGAAGCAUUUCCUUAUUUUUUAACCCCACCAUGGGUUUCUAAACGAAUUACAAUCCCAUGGCAGCCGGUUGUACGUACCGGAUUGACCCGAUGGAGUUAUCCAUCGGCAAGGGCUGCCGCCUCAGUGUACAACACACUGCUACAACAACAACAAACGAAUUACUUCAUUGGAUGUAAGGUGGAGCCUAGUUUAAGGUCCAUGUUGUUGCUGCUCCAUAGGUGUCUGAUCGCCUGGGGAACGCUAUUGUCAUUGGUUUUUUAAAGACGCUAAUACUUUGCUUUGUCACAUGGAGUAUCACUGGCACUUAGUAUUUAAGUAAAUGACGGUGCCGCCCGACCUCUCAUAGGCACUUUCAUACAAUACCGCCGAUUGUCCGUGACUGCAGUUGCAGAUACUCCAUUUAUAAAGCAUUCCACUAUCCGCAACCUGUGGACGCGCCCGGUAUAUGAACACCACACAAAACGGAGAUCAGAGUUGCAACCCAUGUGGUGCCGUUCAUUCUUCGGCUAUAAAGCGGAGGUCUCUUGUCAUUGAACUUUAAACUUGAAUCGGAAAGCAGUCAUUGAUAUGCUGUUCCGUAUUACGAUGUUCGUGGGCAAAAAUUGCACAUUUAAACCACUCAGAUGUGUGCUUAAACUUAUCAUUGAACUUAAACUUGAAUUGUGUGAGAAGUUUGCCCCUAUUCCUUAAUGGGAUAUUCAUGGCCAAAUUUGCAUGCGUAGGGGUGGGCAAGUGAGUUUUGAGUUGUCGUUUCUCAUGAUUUGUCAGCGAAAACUUAAUUCUGCGUGAUCUUAGCUGAAAAAAAUCCUAGUGCGUGAAAGCUCAGGACACAAAUCGCAAGUCACGAGAAAAUCUUGGCUCACGAAAUCAAUGCGUAGACACCUGUGCUUGUGAGAUCUUUUUUGGAAAAUUGCUCAUUUAGGAACAGGGGCAAACUUCUCACAUAUCAAUAAGUGCUGUCCGAUUCAAGUUUAAGCUCAAUGAUAAGGGGCCUUUUUAUAGCCGAGUCUGAACUGAGUGCCGCAGUGGGACACCUCUUUGGGGAGAAGUUUUUACACGGCAGAAUACUUCACAAAUAUCGCCACCAUUAGGAGGGGAUAACCACCGCUGAAAAGUUGUUGUUUCUAAUGUUCUCGCCAGGAUUCGAUGUGCUGACAUGCUAACCUCUGCGCUACGAUGGCCUCCACCUGUGCUCAUAACUACAGCAACAGCGUCCUCAUUUACCCAUUCGCUGCAUCGGUACCAUAUGGAAUGCUUGUAGGCUUUGCGCUUUAACAGACAAAAAAAAAUAUAGAAGUUUAACAUUUUAAUAUAAAUGCAAUUUUUCGACUAUAAAUAAAUGCUCGAAACAUCAUAGUUUUGAUCAUUCGGGUUCUUUUGCUAUUCAAGUCGCAUGACCAAAGUAAAAAAGUAGGAAUAGGGUAUCAUUAUUGAUUUUAUCCAAGGGCUUUUCUGAUUCUGGUGUAAGACGCAGCUGGUGUUGUUCCCGUAUUGUGUUUUAAGCCUAGUACUGACAUCUACUUUUUUCCCGAAUAACUAUUUCACUUCAAUUAAUUGCAAUCAACCCUGAUUUAAUGCUUGCUUUGUUGUUGUGUGUUGUUGUUUGAAUUUUGUUUGUCUUCUAGCGAAGAGUGAAGUCCAUCGGAUUUCGCAAUAAUUUAAUAGGCAUUUUCGCUCCGAAUGAAGUCAGUUCAAGGCUUUAAUUAGAUUUCUUGCUGCACCGUAUUAAAUACCUGCUUGAAAUCGUUAUUACAGAUUGUUCUACAAGCAAAUCUAAGACUGAUAACAUGGUCUGUAGCAGAGAAUGGUUUAAAUGCGAAUCCAUUCACAAUAAUAUUGCAUAUUGUCGUCAUCGCACACCGUAUCAAAACAACAACAUUUAGCGCAAUGCAACAAACAGAGAAUGUGAUGAAAAAUCUACAUUGCAUUGCACAUCUUUCGUUAAUCUCUUUCAACUAUACCAAUCCCAUGGCAAUCCCAUAAUUGUGGUGACAUUUUAAGGCGAACUAGCCAUGUCCGUAAAGAGUAAAGCUAGCCGCUUGAAUUUUUGCACAAAUACUUCCUAUUAGUGUAGGUCGGUUGGGAUUGUAUAUGGUCUAUAUCGGUCCAUGUUUUGAUAUAGCUGUCAUAUAAACCGAUCUUGGGUCUUGAUUUCUUGAGCCUCUAGAGGACGCAAUUCUCCUCCAAUUUGACUGAAAUUUUGCACGUAGUGUUUUGGUAUCACUUCCAAUAACUGUGCUAAGUAUGGUUCAAAUCGGUUCAUAACCUGACAUAGGUGCCAUAUUAACCGAUCUCGGGUCUUGACUUCUUGAGCUUUUAGUAGGCGCAAUUGGUAUCCGAUUUGGCUGUAAUUUUGCACGUGAUGUUUUGGUAUCACUUCCAACAUUUGCGCAAAAUAUGGCCCAAAUCGGUCUAUAACCUAGUAUAGCUUCCAUAUAAACUGAUCUUGGACCUGGACUUCUUGAGCCGCUAGAGGGUGCAAUUCUCAUCCGAUUUUGCAUGAGGUGUUUUGAUAUGACUUCAAAAAACUGUGAUGAGUUUGGCGCAAAUCGGUACAUAAUCUGAUAUAGCUGCCAUGUAAACCGAUCUGGAAUCUUGACUUCUAGGACCUCUAGAGAGAGCAAUUCUUAUCCGAUUUAGCACAAAUUUUGUACAACGGUUUCUCCCAUGGCCUUUAACAUGCGUGUGAAAUAUGGUCUGAAUCGGUCUAUAGCUUGAUACAGCUCCUAUAUAAACCGAUAUCCCGAUGUUGCUUCUUGAUGAGCCCCUGCAAGGCGCAAUUUUUAUCCGAAUGGACUGAAAUAUAACACAAUGACUUCUACAAUGUUCAGCAUUCAAUUCAUGUGUGGUCCGAAUCGGACUAUAGAUAUAGCUCCAAUAGCAUAACAGUACUUAUUCAUUAUUCUUUGUUUGCCUAAAAAGAGAUACUGCGCAAAGAACUCAACAAAUGCGCUCCAUGGUGGAGGGUAUAUAAGAUUCGGCCUGGCCGAACUUGGCACGCUCUUACUUGUUUUUUUUUUUUUUUUAAAAAAAAACAAAAAGGAAUGGUGUGAAUGGGUUUCGCUUUUUAGUGUGUCACAACCUUUCAUUUCGUUGCUCGACAUGGUAAGGUUGCGUCGACAAGAAGUUGUGGUUUUAAAGCCGCCCAUGCCACUGAUCGGCUUGUCGUGCGCCCUAAGUUUGGCUUUACAUGUAAUGGUUUUACAAACAAAUUGCAUCAAGAAGCAAUCAUCAAAUAACAGCAGCGAAUUUAAGAGUGCAACAUAAAAGAGAAUGGUUUCAUUCCGUUCUCUCGUCUGUAACAUAUCUAUGAGGAUGGAAAGCAACAUAUUUUGUCUUUGGUUUGAGUGUUAUAACUUCAGAGGCAUUUUCGCAUGAAUAUCUUCCUGGGUCAUUUAUUGCUGAAUUUAUCAUUUUUUUUUUGGCGGGAGGCCAGAGGUAUAAUUUGUAUCCCUUGCAAAAUCUUGAAAUUUUUUAAAAUAUUUAAUUAUUUUCCAAAGCGUUAAUAUCUAGGAAAUCAAUUUAAAACUUGCAGAAAGCUUUUGUGUGUAAUUGCCUUGUAUGCAGACUGAGUAGCGGCUGUUAUCGCUUGCUAUCGAUAUCGAUGUAAUUUGCUUAUAAUUAAUAGGCCGGUAAAGAGCUUUGAUCUAUGGACUUUUCGUCUUAUAUAUGAACACGUGAAAGGAGAAUCUGUGAUUUAAUAUCAAUCUUUGUCACUUGCUACAUGUUGUUAAUGAUUUCUCGCAAUUUAUUGUUCUUUUUAAGAGCCUUACUAAAGAUUUAAUACAUAUUUUACAAGACAUUCAAUUAUUCUUGUUAGUCUUUAAAUGAAUUGCUUCUGAUGUACGUGUUACAAGGUAUAUUGUUUUACUUCUUCUACUCUGUAUCUCUCUCUCUCUCUCUCUCUACACAAAAUAAUGAAAAAAUAUGUUUAUAGUUUUCUUGUUAGUUUUUAUCUUUUUUUAAACUAAGUCGCUAAAAGUCCCUCUUUACCGAGUAAAUGUGCGAAAUUCGAAUAACCCUGUUUCUUUAUAACCUUUUUUUUUACAUUUAUAAAAAAUAAUAAAAACAUAUAUUUAAAAAUAUCUAAAUACAAUAUUAAUAAAAAAAAAAUACUUUUUUAUAAGAAUUUUUAAUUUCCUUAAUUUAAGUUUUAUAAAAAAGAGAAAAAAACUAUAUCUACUUUGGAAAAAUAAACAUAAAAAAAUAUGCCAUCUAAAUCUCUUCAAAAAUUAAAAACAAAAUACUUUGUUUAAGCUAAAUUUUAUAUAACGCACAACAUUUCACAUCGUCAUUUUUAGUUUUUUUUUUUUAAUUUUAAACUUUUCUACUUAGUACUACUUUUUAAUAGAUUUUUUUUUUAUUUAUUUUUAAGCACACUUUUCCUUUCAUUCUCAGAUUCCUUCCAUUUAUUUAGGUUUUUUGUACUGUCGUUCUUUUUUGUAAAUCACAUUCUAAUCGGGGUUGUGUAGAUAAAUGUCACAUUUGUAUAAUAUAUAUAUUUUUUUAUUUAAUUGUUUUUGUCUUCGUUUUCGUCAUUGUCGAAUUUUAAUCGUUUUAAAGGUGCUUAUAUAGGAAUGAUGUGUUCACAAGCCACAACAGCCUAUGCAUACAGGGACCGAAUUACGGCAUAUGUGAUCGAGUGUGCUUUCGUAUCGAAUGAAACUUCAUCUAGUAGUUAAUGGAUGCUAUAUCACUUUUAUAGACAUUUUGAUGUCAAAUUUUCUAUGAAUUAUGAUCGAUUUAAAAAUUUGCAAUCUUAAAGUUCAAAAAUCUUCGUUCAAUAAAGAAAUGCAUAAUUCACAAUAGAGAGAUUCGAACGAUUUUACUCGUUCAGGUAUGCGGUAAUUCGGCCCCAGGAUUGUAUACCCACUUAUGGCUCUUAUGGCUUGUGAACACACUAUUGUAAAAUGUAUUUCGUUUGUGCAUUAUUCCUUGUUUUUUUUUUACUUUUUUUUAAUUCAUCUUAAACAAUACAAAAAAAAAAAAAUGCAUAUAAACAAUACCACGAGAAUAUUUAAAUUGAUAACGAAUAUAAAAGAAAUCAUCACAAUGGCUUUGUGGUUAUGUGAAAUAACAUACAUACUCUUAAUGAUAUGUAUGAAAACAACAUAACAUAAUAAUAAAAACAAUUAAACAUCUACAAUUUGAUAUUAAUUAUUUAGUAUUUAUAAUUGUAAUAAUUAUACUUAUACAAUUUUAUAAAAAUAUUUAAAUCGGUUGUUUUAUUUGAAUGAAUAGAAAAUAAACUAAAAACUAAGGGACACUUGGGUAAGGUUAAUACGAAUAAAAAUCUAAACAAUAAAACAUUCCUAUGCAAAUAAUA